AUGACUUCGCUCCGCCCUAAUAUUAUUCUGCUCAAGCAAGGAACGGAUUCUUCCCAAGGUAUUCCUCAGAUUAUUUCUAACAUCAACGCCUGUGAAGUGAUUGCGGAUAUCGUCCGCACGACGUUGGGUCCGAGGGGCAUGGACAAGCUGAUUCAUUCAGCGAACCGCGAACCGACUAUCACUAACGACGGGGCUACUGUCAUGAGUUUACUUAAUAUCAGCCAUCCCGCGGCUAAGUUGAUGUCGGACAUCUCGAAGGCUCAGGAUGAUGAAGUCGGAGACGGCACUACGUCAGUGGUAUUGCUCGCAGCUGAGUUGUUGAAGGAAGCGAAGAUGUUCCUGGAGGAAGGCCUACCACCUCGGGCUCUUCUUAAGGGCUAUCGGAAGGCACUUGAACUGGCACUGG